AUGUCUUCUUCCCUCCGCAUUGCGGCUGUUGGCUGCGGCCAUGGUGCGCUUAAUGAGAUUUACCAAAAUGUGUCUAUUGAGAUGGCUAGACAUUCAUGGGAUAACGUAGACUGUGUUAUCAUCGGCGGUGACUUUCAGUCGCUGCGGAACUCCAAUGAUGCCACAUGCAUUUCAGUUCCAUCAAAAUACAAGUCAAUGGGUGACUUCCAUGAGUAUUACUCGGGCGCCCGUACCGCCCCUUUCUUGACCAUUUUCUGUGGCGGUAACCACGAGGCCGGCAACUACUUAUUCGAGCUGUACUACGGCGGCUGGGUCGCGCCUAACAUCUACUAUCUCGGGGCUUCUAACGUGCUUCGGCUUGGCCCUCUCCGUAUCUCUGGUAUGUCAGGAAUCUGGAAAGGCUACGACUAUAAUAAGCCCCACCAUGAGCGGCUGCCUUACAACGCUGAGGAUGUUCAAAGUAUCUACCACAUCCGCGAGGUCGAUGUUCGCAAACUACUCCAAGUACGUACCCAGGUCGAUAUCGGCUUGUCCCACGACUGGCCUCGUGCUAUUGAGAAAUCUGGCAACUCCGCGGCCCUAUUCAACAAGAAGAAGCACCUUCGCGAUGACUCCAUCCACGGUCGCCUCGGCAGCCAGGCUGCCCGCCAGGUCUUAGAUCGACUUCGCCCGGCCUACUGGUUCUCUGCUCAUCUUCACACACGAUUCGCUCUUACCAUGGGUCACAAUGGUACUACGCUUCAAAAGGCCGAUCCUUCAUGUGAUGAGCCGAAAGAAUGGUGCUACACUGCUGCACCCACCACUCCAGUCAAGGCCAAGGUCAACCUUGGUGAACGAACCAGCCCAUCGCAAGUGAUCAGCAACUCUCCUGGUAAUGAGCAGUCUCGCCUGUCGGCGUGGCAGAGCUCCGGGGAAACUAUCGCGGCCAAGGAACGCGCGGACGCUGAGAAGAGACGUGCUGAAUUUAACGACCCCUCACGGCCCCGUGCCGCUCCCGCCAAUUUCCAGGUGACCUGGAAUGAAAUAAAGGGUGAGGAUCGCAAGGUAGUUGCUACCCAUCAAUCUGUGGCAUCUCAGGUCCAGAAUGACGAUGAAAUCGACCUGGAUUGCAGCAGUCCCUCAGCGUCCGGCUCGCCUCCUUCCAAGCGGGCCACCCCUGCGGAAAUGGAUGGCCUGAGCGAAAAACAGGCCAUCAUGGACCAUUCAAUCCCGGAAGAAAUCCGCAGCAAGUUGCCGGCCAGCCUGGCCCAGGCGGCCCCGGUCGAUUUAGUCCCAGAGGCGAUCCGCAGCAAGCUUCCCGCCAGCCUCACCCAGCCAGCUCGAGAUUCAACCCCGAAGAUGGGCCACCCAGAGGCCAUCCAAAACCGAAUCACCAAGUUCCUGGCUCUUGACAAGCCGCGUGGACAUGACUCAUAUCUCGAGCUGGUCGAGUUGAAUGCUGUCUCGGACCAGGCGAACACCGAUUUCCAGCGCCCCUUCCGCCUCCAGUAUGACAAAGAAUGGCUGGCGAUUACGCGUGUCUUUGCCCAGGAUCUCGAAGUCGGUGAGCCUGAUGCAAGGGUUCCCUUCAAUAAGGGUGAGGCUGGGUAUCUCCAAGCCAUUCAGGAAGCAGAGGCGUGGGUGGAGGAGAAUGUGGUGCAGCGGGGAAAGUUAGAUAUCCCAUACAACUUUGUCCGCGUUGCUCCGGUGUUCGACCAAUCUGUCCCAGUCACCACGACCGAUGCCCCACCCGAGUUCCCUAAUCCGCAGACGGCAGCAUUUUGCGAACUCGUUGGUAUCGAGAACAAGUUCGCCCUUUCGAACGAGGAGUGUGCAGCCCGCGUAGCCCGCGGAGCCCGGCCCACUCGUUCGAAUUUUAACCCCGCCCACCGCCGUGGAGCUCGGGGUGGAGGGCGUCGUGGUGGUCGCGGUGGUGGUCCGCGCGGUCGCUGA